AUGAUGGGUAAAUUGUUGUUGAGAAGAGCUAUGAGCUACGCGCUUCUGAAGGACCACCGCUGGGUGCACACGGGCGAGAAGCCGUUCGCGUGCGAGCUGUGCGGCAAGUCGUUCCGAAUGCGGCAGCGGCUCGUCGCGCACCGCCGCGUACAUGCGCCGCGCCGCCUCACCUACGCGUGCGCGCACUGUGGCAAGCACUUCUCCACGCACAGCAACCGACAGCGACACAUGUUUAUACAUACAGGCUUGAAGCCAUUUAAAUGCGAGAUGUGCGGGAAGUGCUUUAAGCACGCGAGCGAGAAGCGAGCCCACAUCUCCUACGUGCAUCUGAAGAAGCCCUGGCCGAAGAGGACCCGGGGAAAACGGAGAUCAGAUAGACAGGGGCAGUUGUCAACUCAAACGGCGUUGGCGACGGGCGCGAGCGAGAUGGAUAUAGUGCAGCCGUUAUGGCCCACGUGUGAUCCGAAACUGAGCGACAUGAGUUCGAUGAUGGAUGACAAGCCGAUGUACUAUAACAUAAAGAUAUAA